AUGCCUGUCCGCUCCAAGCUCCCCGACGUCGAGAUCCCCUCGGUCAACGUCCUCGACUUCAUCUUCGACGACCCCAGCAACAUCACCGACAAGCCCGUCUGGAUCGACGCCGACGACAAUGCCAAGAGCGUGUCGCUCAGGCAGGCCCUCACCUGGGUCCGCCGCAUCGGCCUCGGCCUGCAGCGGCUCGGCCUGCGCAGCGGCGACGUCGUCAUGAUGUGCUCGACGAACCACGUCCUCGUGCCGGUGCUGUACCUCGGCGUCGUCGGGUCGACCUGCGCCUUUACCGGGACGAACCCGGCCUACACCCCGAAAGAAAUCGCAUACCAAAUCUCAAACUCCCAGGCCAAGCUCAUCCUCGCCCACCCCUCCAAGAUUGACGACGUCCUCGCCGCCGCCGACGAGGCUCACUUCCCGCAUGACCGCAUCUUCCACUUCAGCGACGACGCCUCCGGACGCGACCCCACCGUCCGCGGCGGGCUGCGCGACUGGACCAGCCUCCUCCCCUCCGAGGCCGAGUCCGCCUCCUGGCGGUGGCCUCGCCUCGCCGGUUCCGCCGCCCGCACGCAGCUCGCCACCAUCAACUACAGCUCCGGCACCACCGGCCUCCCCAAGGGCGUCUGCGGCGCGCACCGCAACCUCGUCGCCAACGUGCAGCAGCUCAUCGGCCUGCGGCACCCGGACGGCCUGACGCCGGACCUCGAGGCCGACGUCUGGCUCGCCUUCCUGCCGCUGUACCACGCCUACGGCCAGAUGUACACCAUCCUCAUGGCCGCCCGCCGCCGCGUCACCGUCUACGUCAUGCCCGUCUUCUCCUUCGAGCGCUACCUGCAGUGCGUCCAGCGCUACCGGCCCUCCACCCUACAGGUCGUGCCCCCGGUCGUCGUCAUGCUGUCCAAGCGGCCGGAAGUCAAAAAGUAUGAUUUGUCGAGCGUCACGGACAUUAGCUGCGGCGCGGCGCCGCUCAAGGCGGAUUUGCAGAACGAGGUGGCGGACCGCAUGGGGACCAACAUCGUCCAGGGCUGGGGCAUGACGGAGCUGACGUGCGCCGCGUCGGGCAUGCCCCUUGGCGGGGUGGACAGAGAGGCGAGCUGCGGCUUGCUGCUGCCCAACUGCGAGGCCAAGUUCCUGGACGAGGACGGCAACGAGGUCGGCGCGGGGGAGCCCGGCGAGCUGUUCGUGCGCGGGCCCAACGUGAUGCUCGGGUACUGGCGGAACGACAAGGCAACCAAGGAGACGCUCGACGCCGACGGGUGGCUGCGCACGGGUGACGUGGCCAUGUACAAUGAAGACGGCAAGCUGUGGAUUGUCGAUCGGAAAAAGGAACUCAUCAAAGUCAACGGCCUGCAAGUCGCGCCGGCCGAGCUGGAAUCCCUUCUCCUUGAGAACGAGCACGUCGCCGACGCCGCCGUUGUCGGGAUCGAGCUGGACCACGAAGAGUAUCCCCGCGCCUACGUGCAGAUCCAGGACGUCUCCAAGGGCCGGGUCCAGCCGCGCGACAUCCAGGACUGGCUCGCGCCCCGCGUUGCCAAGCACAAGCGCCUCGCUGGCGGCGUCAGCUUCGUCGAUGCCGUGCCCAAGCUCGCCAGCGGCAAGAUUGUCCGCAAGCUCCUGCGCGAGUGGUCGAAGCGCGACGCCGAGGUUCUGCAAAAGGCGGGCUGGACGCGCUCCAACAUCUAA